UAAUAUUUACAAUAUAUACAAUAUAUACAAUAUAUAACAUAUUUUCAAAUAUUUAAAAAUCGUCACUAUCUCUUGAUCGAAUAAAUUUUGCAAAGCAAAUAUAGAAAAAAAAGAAAAAGAGAAAAAAAAUAAAAACAAGAUAAAAAUGUUGAAAUCAACGUCAUUUUCAAAGUGCUUCAGAGUUAAAACAGAUAGAAAGAAUAAAAAAGGAAGAAAAGACUAGUGUAUCAUUAUCGCCAUUUUUUAAAUGUCAAAAAUAUUUAAGAGAGGGUACUAUUUUUCAAUUCUUAUUUAGAUCCUCUACUUUAUCUUAUCUUAUAUACUUAAAAAAAUAUCUAUACUAUUCACAAGAUGGCGUUGAUGAUCAAUUCUUAGUUUAUCUCUAAUUUUCUACUUCUAUUCGUUAUUUUUUUCGCAUUUCAUUUAUUCUGAAGAUGGCGCUAUUUCAAUAUUUUUAUCUAUCUCUAUCUUUUUUCCAUUACUUGCUUUCUUUAUCUAUAUUUAAUGAUAUCGUAGAGCGCCAUCGUUAAGGCGGGGCAAACAACGGAAACUCUAAAGUCAUAUGAUCGAUUUGCGAUUCCUUCAGAACAUAGCAUUCUGUUGCGAAGAUGGCCAGCCAAACGCAAGGUAUUCAACAGCUUUUGGCAGCUGAAAAAAGAGCUGCAGAGAAAGUUGCAGAAGCUAGAAAACGUAAAGCACGUAGAUUGAAACAAGCAAAAGAAGAAGCUCAAGAUGAAAUUGAAAAAUAUAGACAAGAAAGGGAAAAACAAUUUCGUGAAUUCGAAGCAAAACAUAUGGGAUCAAAAGAAGAUGUAGCAGCCCGUAUAGAAGCUGAUACAAAAAUAAAAACAGAAGAAAUGAAUCAGACUGUGUCUAUGCAUAAAGAUUCUGUUGUGCAUACAAUUUUGGAGUUGGUAUACGACAUUAAAGCAGAAUUGCACAAGAAUUACCGCGCCGAAAUUUAAAUCAGAAAAAUCGUAUCGAUUACUUAUAAAUAUUGCAUCUUAUGCUAUAAAUGUACAUUAAGUACUUUGUUUUAUCAUGUCUUAAAACGUAUCUAUCGUUGUUAUGUUGUACUUUUGUCAGGAAAUGUGUAUAUCCUUUAAUUGUAGAUGGUGGUAUUCAAAUUAUUAGAAUUCUUUCUGCAGUUGCUACACGACAAUAAAUGUAACCUAUGCCGAGCUUUUACCACCAUAAUGGAAAGUUUAAGGAUUAUCAUAGUGCCGUCAUGGUAGCAAUAUAGAUGCAAACAAAUUAUCGUCAUUAUGAUAUAUCAAGGCCUAGAUAUAUUAGCAUGACGUGUAAAUGUUAAAGCUUAGGGUGGUGGUAGAAAGUUGUACAUCAUUAAAUGUAUAUUGUUAUUGAUAGAUGUCAUUCCAUAAUUCUGCUGCAUCGAGGACAUAAAAAAUUCGUUAAAUAAUUCUGUACAACUUCCAAAGAAUCACACAUAAGCUCCCAAUCCGAUGUGAUUCUUACGACGAUGUACAUAAUAUAUAUUAUUUGUUUUGUUUGAAACAUACAUUUAAACUUUAUUAAGGUAUAAAGAUACAAGAAAUUAUACCUCAUGUAUAAACCCUGUCUCCGUAUGCUGACUAAUCUGUACAGUAUUAAUGUUCGGAAAUAAAAACGAUCAAAAGAUAA